AUGCUGGAUCUCCUCCUCGCCCCCAUCGUCGAGGUCUACAGGUUGGCCCUGCAGCCACUGGCGCCGUUUACGUGGCUUGGGCUGCGAUUCUCCGCUCUCGACGUCGCCGCGGCGUUCAGGACGUGUAUCGCCCUGCGGCAGAUCAAGGAGCAGCUGCACAAACAGCACGUCACGAAGAAGGCUGCGACGCAGGACGCGUCGGUCCCGGAGGUGCAAGAGAGGUCCUUCGUCAGGGACCUGACUGCUGUGCUGCUGGUGGUCUUUGGUGGGGAAGCGAUAUCGGCUCCGGCUCUGGGCAUCCCCGCGUCCUUCAUGAUAUCGGGCGCUGGCAUGGGUCUCUGGGCGGCCGUCCAAACCAUCGUCGAUAAGCUGCCCGCUGUCCACGCACCAUCGUUCCAGACGGAGCUGCCUGUUUCGCUGCUGGACGGUUUCACCCGUGCAUUCCUGCUGUGCAACCUCAUCCCGCCCAUGAUCGUGGGCCACCCAACGGAAGCUGUGGCUACCUCGCCCUGGUCCCUGCUCGUCACAUCCUUGGUGACUGCGAAUGGCGGCUUCUUCAUCGUCAACACGAUGUCCUUCCUGCAGCCGUACGCACUGACGCUCACCACGCCCGCGGAGAUGCUCCCCUGGGGCUGGACGACCACGGAUCUCUGGGCCGCGCCGUUCAUCACAGGUCUCUACGCCCUUCUGACGCACGCCCAACCGUUCUGGGCUGACGCUCAUACGGUGACGCUUGGGUGGUUGGGUAACUCGGCGUCCGAGGUCGCUAAGGUGCAGCCUGUGGACCCGGAGUACGCCCGUGCUCUGUGCGCGGUAGUGUUGAUGGGUCUGUUCUCCAAGCGGGUGGCCACAAAUUUCGGCGCGCUAAAGGUGAAGCGUGUCGAGGGGCCCAAGACGAAAGUGCAGUAA